AUGUACCCUCCGAUAGUGAGAUAUGCCACAAUCCGAUAUCUUCUAGCAGUGGCUGCUCUACUGGAUCUGGACGUCUUCCAGAUGGGUGCUUUUCUGCAAGAAGAGUUGGAUGAAGAAGUCAUCUACAAUGGAACAGCCCGAAGGUCUUAUGUAUACAACCGCUCCGAAGGUUUAUCGCCUGCGAAACCGCUGUAUGGAUUGAAACAAUCCAGUGGCGUAUGGAACAGGAAGCUAGAUGCAGAAUUGAAGGAUAUCGGCCUCAAGCGUUCCAGUUUUGAUCCCUGUGGACGGCGAGCAGAUUAUCAUUAUUGCAGUGUUCUGUGGUUCCACGGCGCAUUUGUGAUUCUGCUCGGUCUGAUCGCAUUCAGUUAUACACGGAUAGUGCGAAAUGAGAGCUUAGUUUUAGUGAAAGAUUUUGCCCUGCAGUAUUCAACCAAUUUCAUAGGUGGUUCUACCAAGAACGUACUUAUUCCCAUCAAGCACAUCCACGAUGUGGUGAUAAACGAAGCAUUCCACAAUCUAAAAGUUGUCUUCAUUCUGACGGUUUUAACCAAAGGAAAUCUCUUCAAAAGCAGGCCUGCAAUAACCUUGCUAAAUCACCUGAACCCGCGAGUUGACUGUUUGGAAAUGAUAUACAACGAAGUGCAUACAAUUUUAGAUAUAGAAAAUGAUUGAAAUAAAUUUAUUUAUACAUGCACAUCAUUUCUUACCGUCUCUA